AUGGCUUCACCCUUGCUCGGUUCUGUUGGUGAAUUUGAUCCCUCCUCUGAGACUUUUACUGCUUACUUCGAAAGACUUGACCAGUUCUUUGUAGCCAACGAUAUUGGAAAAUGUGCUGAUGAUGCCACUGCGGCUGUUGUUCGGGCAGCUAAUCAGAAAAAGGUCGUCGUGAUGAUCUCCGUCAUUGGCAAGAAGACAUACAGCACUCUUCGCGAUUUGUGCAGCCCUGAGAACCCAAAGGAAAAAACAUUUGAGGCAUUAUGUGAACUACCACAACAACACUUCAAGCCCAAAUGAUUGGAAGUUGCCGAAUCCUAUAGAUUUCAUCGAUGUUGUCAAGAAGAAAAUGAGAGCGUGUCGGUUUACAGUGCUCGUUUAAGACAUUUGGCCGCCACUUGUAAUUUUGGCGAAUUCUUGAACCGCUCGCUCCGCGAUCAGUUUGUGUGUGGGAUUCGAAACCCUGCGACUCGAAAAAAACUAUUGAGUGAAGAUCGAACAUUUCAAGAGGCUCUCCAAGUGGCUAUCGCCGACGAAAUCGCGGCUAAAGAAACUUUG